CUGCGUCCCUUUGGCGAGGUCGCCUGAGGGAGCCUCCGGCGAGCCCGCAGCCAUGAGCGGUUCCUUCUGUCGGCUGCCCGCAGCCCUGCGGCAGUGGCGCGGCGCGCGGCCCACGAUACUCUUGGCGCGGCCGCUGAGCCAGGCCGGCGGCGGAGCGGAGGGCGGUGAGGGCGUCGCUUCGGUCGCCGGGUCAAAGGAGGCGGUGGGGCGCCUGGUGCGCGCUCACCCGGUGGUGGUGUUCAUGAAGGGCAGCCCCGCGCAGCCCCAGUGCGGCUUCAGCAACGCUGUGGUGCAGAUCCUGCGCCUGCACGGCGUCAGCGACUACCGCGCCUACGACGUCCUGCAGGACCCCGGCCUGCGCCAAGGAAUCAAAAACUAUUCCAACUGGCCUACUAUUCCCCAGGUCUUCCUGAAUGGUGAAUUUGUAGGGGGCUGUGAUAUACUUCUUCAGAUGCAUCAAAGUGGGGACCUAGUGGAGGAGCUUAAGAAAUUAGGAAUUCGCUCUGCACUUCUGGAUUCGGAGAACAACCACGGAAAAAAAUAAGCAAGUGACUGCUAUGACUUUGACAAAGACAACUUU